AGGGUGAGUCACCGUCAGCGCUGGAACGGACAGAGGGACAGACCGUGGCGGAUUGUGAACGGAAAACGAGCAUGGCGGUCGAAGAGGAAGGUCUUCGAGUUUUCCAGAGUGUCAAAAUAAAAAUCGCAUUAACCUCAACCAAGCGUUUCCUGUAGCUGCGGAUUCGACCUGCACAACGUUCAGAAGAAUUUUUGGAUCAUUCUUCCUUACAGAACUGCUUCAGCUCAGACAUAUUCUUAGGAUGUCUGGUGUGAACGGCUCUCUUGAGGUCAUUCCACAGCAUCUCUAUUGGGUUAAGGUCUGGACUCUGACUGGGACACUCCAAAAGGUGAAGCCAAGAACGUCCCUCCGUAUCCAGGUCCUAAUAAAAUGCGAGAUUGUUACUGUACGGUGAAUUUGGACCAGGAGGAAGUGUUCAGAACCAAAACCAUAGAGAAAUCUUUAUGUCCGUUCUAUGGAGAAGACUUCUACUGUGAAAUCCCGCGUAGUUUCCGCCAUCUGUCCUUCUACAUAUUUGACAGAGAUGUUUUCAGGAGGGACUCCAGCAUCGGUAAAGUGGCCGUGAAGAAGGAAGACCUACAGAAAUACCACGGUAAAGACCACUGGUUCCCGUUGCAGCCCAUCAGUGCAGACUCAGAGGUCCAGGGGAAGGUUCACCUGGAGCUGCGUCUCAGUGAGGUCAUCACCGACAGCGGAGUCAUCUGCCACAAGCUGGCAACACGAGUUUUGGAGUGUCAAGAUCUGCCGAUAGUGAACGGUCAGUGUGACCCGUACGCCGCUGUGUCGUUACUGGGUCCCUCCAGGUCAGAUGCCAAGAAGACGAAGGUCAAACGUAAAAACAACAACCCUCAGUUUGAUGAGAUCUUCUUCUUUGAGGUGACAAAACCCCUCAGUUACACCAAACGGCAAUUUGACGUGGAAGAAGACGAUGUUGAUAAACUCGCUCUCAAGGUGGAUCUGUGGACCGCCAGCAAUCUGAAGUUUGGAGACGAGUUUCUGGGAGAGGUACGAGUGCCGCUGAGGGUGCUGGGACAGUCGGGCGUUCAUGAUGCAUGGUACUUCCUGCAGCCCAGAGAUUACGGGAAUAAAUCAGUCAAAGCUGAUGAGCUGGGCUCGUUAAGACUCAACAUCGUUUACACAGAAGAUCAUGUGUUCCUUACAGAGCAUUAUAACCCGCUCAGAGACCUGCUGCUGCAGUCUGCACAUGUACAGCCCGUGUCAGCAUCGGCGGCGCACAUCUUGGGCGAGGCGUGUCGAGAGAAACAGGAAGCGGCCGUUCCUCUGGUGCGACUUUUCCUGCACUACGGCAAAAUCGUGCCUUUCCUCAGUGCCAUCGCACACGCUGAGAUUAACCGCACACAGGAUCCAAACACCAUCUUCCGCGGAAACUCGCUCACGUCUAAAUGCAUCGAUGAGACCAUGAAACUAGCGGGGAUGCAUUACUUGCAGGUCACGCUCAAACCCAUCAUUGAUGAAAUUUGCACUGAUCACAAACCAUGUGAGAUUGACCCUGUCAAACUGAAAGAGUCUGAAAAUCUGGACACAAACAGAGAAAACUUACGACAGUACGUCGACCGUAUCUUUAAUGUGAUCACCAGCUCAGGUGUCAGCUGCCCUACAGUCAUGUGUGACAUCUUCUUCUCGUUAAGAGAAUCUGCAGCAUACCGUUUCCAAGUUGAUCCUGAUGUACGAUACACAGCUGUCAGUAGUUUCAUCUUCCUGCGGUUCUUUGCACCUGCAAUCUUGUCACCGAAUCUGUUCCACCUGCGACCGCAUCACCCAGAUCCGUGCACAUCACGAACCCUCACGCUCAUUUCCAAAACCAUCCAGACUCUGGGAAGCCUCGCCAAAUCCAAAUCUGCCAGUUUCAAAGAAUCGUACAUGGCCGCAUUCUACGAUUACUUCAAUGAACAAAAAUAUGCUGAUGCAGUGAAAAAUUUUCUGGAUCUGAUUUCAUCUUCGGGUCAUUGGGAUGAGAGGAGUAUCGAGACUCCCAUCAUGCUGAAGGAGGGGUUCAUGAUCAAACGAGCUCAAGGACGAAAACGUUUCGGUCUGAAGAACUUUAAGAAGAGAUGGUUUCGUCUCACUAACCACGAGUUCACCUACCAUAAAACCAAAGGUAACGCAAAAGGAGAGGGCGCUCUAUGCAGUAUCCCUAUAGAGAACAUCCUGGCUGUAGAAAGACUAGAAGAAGAGUCCUUCAAAAUGAAGAACAUGUUCCAGGUCAUCCAGCCUGAGAGAGCGCUCUACAUCCAGGCCAAUAACUGCGUGGAGGCACGCGACUGGAUCAAUAUUCUGACUAAAGUGAGCCAGUGUAACCGCAAGCGUCUGAGCAUGUAUCAUCCGUCUGCGUACCUCAACGGACACUGGCUCUGCUGCAAACUGUCUGCAGACACUGCGCCCGGUUGCACGCCCUGCACGGGUGCUCUUCCUGCAAACAUUCAGCUGGACGUGGACGGAGACAGAGAGACUGAGCGGAUCUACUCGCUCUACAGCACUUACAUGUCUAAACUAGUGAAGAUGCAGGAGGCGUGUGGCAGUAGAUCAGUGUAUGACGGCCCUGAGCAGGAGGAAUACUCCACAUUUGUCAUCGAUGAUCCUCAGGAAACGUAUAAGACUCUAAGACUCGUCAUCUCAGCUGUACAGACACUGGAACAGCAGCACACGCAGUACAAACGAGACAAAUUCAGGAAAACCAAGUAUGGCAGCCAGGAGCAUCCAAUCGGUGAUCAGAGUUUCCAGUGCUACAUUCGCCAACAGUCCGAAAGCUCCACCUACUCCAUCUGACCACGCCCAGUGAUGAGCUCCACCCCGCCUCCACGGCAACAGUCGCACCUCAAAAAAGGAAACUCUUGAGCUGUGAUUGACAGGAAAAGAUAAUAUCUGUGGUGUUUGAUCUAAUAACCGAUCAGCAGCCACGCACUUUAUACGUCACACAAGCCCGUGGACGAUGUAGCUCAACCUCACGGCACAUUGUAACGUUUAAUGACUUUUUUAAAAACUAGAAGACAGGAAGAGAUCCUCUAGUGAUGGAUUUGAGGUGUUUUUUAUAAACUGAUUAUUCCAUUUGACUUCCAAUCUUCAGGACCAAAUUUCAACAGGGUUUUUGUCAGUAGAAAGUGUCUCAUCGAUGCACGCUUGAAAAUGAGAUCUUCAGUCACUGAUGGCGAGGACCUGAAACUGAAUCUGAUGAUGACUGUAACCACGUUUAUAACUCGAAAUAUUUUAUCUGUUUGUUUUCGCCCUUCAUUCAGACGAGUUUCAGUAUUUUUUCACCCCUUUGUGAACGUCCCCCCAGUGUGUUACAUGUCAGCCAAUCAUUACGCCAACUGAAGAAGUGCUGUAUUGUGGGAAAUGUAGUUUUGUGUGUAUUGAAGCAUGCCAAACUGAUCCGAGUCAUUUCAAGCAUGUAGCGUGACACUAAAAGAUUUUUAUUAGUUUCAUUAUAUCAUCAUUUGUGGGUCCAAUUGUUUUGAGCAUCACUGCUUUCUAUUACCAAAUCAUGUGAUUGUUUAUGGUAAUUUAACCACUGUAAAAACUGAAUGUCUGGUGACGUCUCUACUGGACAUUUGUGUCUUUUGUACGUUGUGUUGUGUAUUAUAUCCCUUUAGGAAGACGUUUUGCCCUCAGAUGCAGGUUACAGUGUGUUUAAUGUGGAUGUUACUUUUAUUUUAUUUUUUAAUCUCCAUUCUUAUUUCACCCUAAAAUCAAAACAUUGAAAUAUGAAAUUAAUUUUUGCAUGAAGAAAAUGAAGAUUUUUGUUGCUCUGUGGCAUUAUUUUCAUGAUAAUCAAACACAUUUUACCCUGAACAUUUUCAUUACUGUAAUGCAAAAAACAUGAAUUGCUUUAAUUGUAAUUAGAAGUAUUUAUAAAUCAUUGUAGCAUUAGUCAGACUUCUUUAAUGCUGAUUUAAAGAAAAGUCACAAUAAUUACUGUAUUAAAUGGAUUUUAUUAUAGUACUGAGUAUUUUGGGGGUAUAAUGUGUUGAAUCUGUGUGAAAAUUAAAAUGAAUGCUCCUAAAAAUAUGCUUAAUUUCUUCAUGCAAAAAAUGAGGACUGUCAAUGAAUUAAAAUGUUAAAUUGGAGUAAUUGCAUGACAUGCCGAUUAAUUAAUCCAAAUUUGCUGAGAAAGGCCCUAAAUAUAGAUAAUUCAAACUAAAUAGUACAGAAUAAUAUUUCAAAUAAUUAUCAAUAAAAUCACCUAUAAAAAAUAAAUAUAAUAAUUCAGUUCCGUCCGUGCUUUUAAUUGUCGUUCUAUGUACACAUGAGUCAGUUGGACGCUUUUGGAGCAUCUCACAGCUUUUCAGCAUCAUAAAACGCUGAAACCUUGAAAAUCACGUCUCGAGACCCCUGCACUUUUUGACCAUGAAUAAAACACAUAUUUGCACUUUUUGAAAUGUAUUUCAAAAAAUAUUUUAAUUGGAAAAAAUAUGAUAUAUAUAUAUAGUGGUGAAAUAUUCAUCCUUUCAGGCUUUUAUGUCCAAAAUCAUUUCUUGCGUGUUGCUUUUCUGUUCACAUACAGUUAUUAAUGUAUUUAUUUGUUUAAGAAGUCUUGAUGUUCUUACAACUGUAACUCAUUCAGUGAUGCAUGUUUUAAUGGUAAUAUAUUGAUCAUCUUUAAUACAGCCCAUAGUUUUCCCAACAAAAUGGAUAACUAUUUAUUUUUAUAUCACAGAGUAAUACUUUUGUGAAAGAAUUUAAAACUCAAACUAAUCCAGACGCAGAGUAUGAAGUAUGCAAUAAUGUCACUGAUUAGUAGUAACUUUCCUGUUUAUGAUCGAUUAGUUCAGUAAUUGAUGAAGGAACUUUAAAAAGGGACAGCAGUGUAUUUUGUAUAAAGAGUAUUAAUGCAAAUCUGUGACGUGUGUACAGAUCAACUGAGUGAUGCAAAUGUUUCUUUUUUUUUGUCCAAAUGAAGGCAAUAGCAAAGCGAUCUGUGUUUGCGUUUUUAUUCUGAAUAAUUCAUUAAUAUAAUAAAUAAUUCAAUAAUUA